UUUUAUGGUUAAAUAAUCCGCAUGUCACGCCUAGCGCGAUUUAAUAUCCCCGUAUAAAUAAUCUACGUUUAAGCUCUGCGAUUUCUUCUGUAGAGCGCACUCUCAAAGGGUUCGUGCCUGCAAUAUCUGCAGAAAAUUUCGUCACAAGCAGAUUGGGCACUGGAUUCUUUUUCGAUUGAAGUAGAUAGAUUGUGCUUAAAGGGUUUUCUGUGAAGGUAAAAGGCUGCUGGACUUUGACAUAAUAAAAAACUUCUGGAUUGCAACGAUGACUUCUUUUAUAACCAGAAUCAUCAUAUUGAUACUUGGUUAUGCAUAUCCAGCAUUUGAGUGCUUUAAAAUUGUGGAAAAAAAUAAGCCGGAGAUAGAGCAACUUAUUUUCUGGUGUCAGUAUUGGAUAAUAAUCGCAACACUUACUGUACUUGAAAGAGUUUUAGAUACUUUCGUUUCAUGGUUGCCCAUGUAUGGUGAAGCUAAAGUUGCAUUCAUUUUGUAUUUGUGGUAUCCUAAGACAAAGGGAACAAGCUAUGUAUAUGAAACUUUUGUGAGACCUUUUGUAGCAAAACAUGAGGUUGAUAUUGAUAGAAGUUUACAUGAAUUUAAGACGAGGGCUGGGGAUAUGGCAGUUCUGUAUGGGCGGAAGUCUUCAUCUUAUGUUCAAGCUAGAAUUUUUGAUGUGCUUCAGUAUGUUGCCACACAGUCAUCAAAGGCUAGGCCUGUCCAGGUUGUUCAGCCUUCCCGACCAGCUGCGCCAUCUGCACCAUCUGCUCCAUCUGCUCCGUCUGUGCCAGCUGUGCCAGCUGCAGGUUCUAGACAGGUUGUAGCAGCUGCAAGUUCUCGACAGGGUAGACCUGUUGCAGGUUCUCGACAGGCUGGACCAGCUACAGCUCCUCCUCAAUCUCAACCAUCUCAAGUCAAUCGCCAACCUAGUCCAGCUGUAAGUUCCCAAUCAACACAAGAUGCAGUUUCACAAUCCCCUCAGCCUGUGCAACCAGCCCCUGCCGACUCAGUAGUGAGUGUGUCGUCUUCAACCAGUGAGAGCACGGAGGAGAUGGAAGUUGAUCUGGAAGAAGUCAAGAAAGAACAGGUUCCUGCACUCGAACAAACUAUCCGCAUGACUAGAAACAGGCUGAAACAAGUUCGACCACAGAGUAAUACCAAAAUUGAUUGAAUGCUUUAAAGAAUUGAAUUUGCUCCAAUGUUAUGUCUUUACAAGCAUUCAGCAAUCAGUUGCUGUAUGGUUUCGUGGAACUGCUAUCAGGGCUCUUUCAUUGAUUUCUUUUGUCGAUGGAACUAUUGUCAUCCUUUGAAAUGUGUGAUCAGGUGGAUCCUUGCAAAUUGCAGGAAUAUAAUUGUUGUAGAUAAUAUGCACUUGGCUUCCCUCAUUUGGCAGGAAUCUGUAAGUAAGGCAUAUAUACCUUGCAAUUCGCUUGCUGUUUAUUGGCUGUAAUGGCAAUUUGUAAAUCAGCCUGGAACUGAAGAUCAGAGAAUGUAUUUGUAUAUUUAGUUUUCAGACUAUUAUUUUGUUGCAUUACAGACAUUUCUAGCCAAUUUUAUAGUUUUUGUUUGGCUUGGGCAUUGUUGAUGUGCUCCAUGAAAUCUCAAAUAUUUGUUAUUUCUUUGAGGCUUUUCUUGCCCAUUUUCUUGUUUACUGAAUGCUGUUCCUAUUGAUCU